AUGGCGCUUACUUCACCGUCCCUUUGGUCCCGGGGGCGGAAAGGCGGCAGAUUCCUUCGGCUUUCCGCUCGCCGGCACUACGUUCCUUCAAAUUCGUCUUCUCUCCGGAAAGGGCCCUCAUUCGUUCGGGCUAGCAGUCCUUCCCUGUUCCCCGGCCUCUCCACACGUCUGGCGCUGCGAACCAGCGGGUCAUCUUUUUCCUCGCCCUGCUGCUCACCUGCCUCUGUUUCCUGCUCUUCUCUCCGCGUUUCCUCUAUUCCGCGUUCCUUUCCUUCUUGCGGCACCCUCCAGGCCCCAGAGUCCCUCUGCCUCUACCACCCGAGCUCCAGCUUCGGUCCUCAAUGCCCACGCUGGGCGCCUCCAGGUCCGGUGCGGUCUGGAAGGUCUCAUUGGGGAGCUCGCUUUUCGCGGGCGUUUUCGACUUGUCUAGAGAGCCGUCGACAGGUCGGUGAUCAUGCCCCCCCUCAACUUCAGAGCCAGAUUGGAGCCGCGUCUGUCUCGAGAAAAGGAGACGCGCCGGCACACGCUGCUAGCGACCCUCUGGCGGUGGCGUGGCAGGCGUCGGCAAGAGAUGCUGAGAAGCACUUUAAGGAGGCCUUCUCAGACGUGAGAGCCACGUUUUUGAGGCAGAUUGAGGGCCUGGGGCUCCCUGCCUCUCUCUCCGCGAGCGUGGUGGCCUACUACGCCAGGCUCCUCGACUACACAUGCACAGGAGGCAAGCUUACGCGCGGCAUGCUGGUGCUCUACGCCGCCGCAGCUUCGAAAGCUGACACACCUGUGGCGACCCGUGGGUCCCCGUCCUCAUCUCCCCAUCCUGAGGCACCGGGCUCUGCCGCUGCGCCUGCCUCGGUUUCGGCUCUCUCUCCUUCAUCGCUUCGCUCGCUGGCGGCGCUCGGCUGGUGCGUGGAGCUGUUGCAGUCUUGCUUCCUCGUCAUGGAUGACGUCAUGGAUCGGUCGCUGACGCGCAGAGGCAAGACGUGCUGGUAUCGCUGCGAAGGCAUCGGCGUGAGCAACGCGCUCAACGACUCCCUCGUUCUCGAAGCAGCCGUGUACCGGACUCUGCGGGAGUAUCUCCGCGACCAUCCCUCCUUUCUCGCCUUCCAGGAUCUCCUCCUCGUCAACACGUUUACGACGCUAAUAGGGCAGCACCUCGACUCCGAGGACGCGCUGGGCUCCCUCGGCCUUAACUCCAGCCGCGACCGCCCUGCGUUUGUGGAGCCCGCGAGUCCCCAGGAGGCGUAUCCUGAGGAGGCGGGCGCGGACCCGUCUCUGAAUCUCAGCGGACAAGCCUGCGGUGGAGGCGCCAAUGCCUCGGCGGCCGGAGCGACUACUCCUCCGGUCGCUCCUUCUUCGCGUCCGCCGCUGGAGUCCCCCAAGGGCGCGACGCUCGCGGACGCGCUAGCCGAUCGGCAAGUCGCCGUCGCGCGCCUGAAAACGAGUCACUACUCCUUCUACCUCCCCACUGCGCUUGGCAUGACUUUUGCGGGCUUAGACGACCCAGCGCUCAUGACGCACGCGAAGGACAUCUGCCUAGCGAUCGGGGAAUAUUUUCAGGUGCAAGACGACUACCUGGACUGCUUCAGCGACCCGAGUGUGUCAGGAAAAGUCGGCAGCGACAUCCAAGAGAAAAAGUGCUCGUGGCUUUUCAUUCAGGCGGUGCGGCGCGCGAGCCCCGAAGAUCUCGCGACUCUCUUGGAGGUUUACGGCAGCGCUGAGCACGUCGCGUGGGUUAAGAGCCUGUACGCGCGCCUCGGCUUGCCUGCAGUCUACUCGCAGUACGAAGAGGAGACGCUCGCGAAGCUGAAGAAGGCGGUCGCAGCCUUCCCCCACGACGGUCUCCGGGCAUUCUUCGGCCUCGUUCUCCAGAGACUUCACGGGCGACAGAAGUAG